UCUCGACUCCCGCUGGUCGUUCCCGCGCGAUUCCAGUCUCACGGUCAACCGUGCGCAGGCAAAUGGGGCGCGCGAUUAAACAAAAAGCAGCGGCGGCGGCGGCGGCGGCUAGUAUAAGUAGCGGCGGCCGCGUGGUGCGAACAAAAGAUUAAUUCAUCGGAGCUCCAUCCCUCCCUCCCUCCCUCGCACCCUCCUCUUAGCCUAGCCCCAAGUGGGCAGCUAAAUUCUAGCCCUCCGUACUCGAGGCUCCAAGGCAAACAGGGGAUCAGGAAACAGGAAGAGGGUGCGGGCGUGCAGCAGAAGCAAGGGCGCUUUCCACAUCCACAGCUAGCCUCUUGCGCUUACGGAAAGAUCAGAGGGGCAGGGGCGGAGCGUCUGUUGCAAGGACGCGCACGAGACUCGUAAGGGAGAAACCAAACAAGUAGCAGGGAGCUCAAUCGCCGCGGAGGGGAUCGAUGAAGUCGCCGCUGCGGAGGUUCAGGGGCUUCGGCCACCACCACACCAAGGAGGAGCGGAGGGGCCACCACCAGCCGCCGCCGGCCAAGCUCGACGAGCUCGUCUGCGCCGCCCAGGAGGUGGAGGACAUGAGAGACUGCUACGAUGGCUUGAUUGCAGCUGCGGCCGCCACAACAAAUAGUGUAUAUGAGUUUUCCGAGGCUCUUGAGGAACUGGGAGGCUGCUUCCUCGCAAAAACUGCACUAAAUGGCGAUGACGAUGAUGAUAGCGGUAGUAGAGUGCUCAUGAAGCUGGGGAAGGCCCAAUUUGAAUUACAAAAACUUGUUGAUACCUAUCGCUCAAAUAUCAUUUAUACUAUCACAACCCCAUCAGAGUCUCUUCUCAAGGAGCUACAGACUGUCGAGGAAAUGAAGCAGCAAUGCGACAUGAAAAGAGAGACAUAUGAAGCUAUGAGGGCAUCCUAUACACAAAAAGGAAGGUCAAGGCAUUCCAAAACUGAAACAUACUCUGCAGAACAACUGCAAAGCGCUCUCGCUGAGUACCAAGAAGACGCAGCGCUGUUCAUAUUUCGCUUAAAGUCAUUGAGGCAAGGGCAAUUCCAUAGCCUUUUAACACAGGCUUCUCGGCAUCAUGCCGCUCAGUUAAGCUUUUUCAGGAGAGGGUUGAACUGUCUUGAGGCACUCGAACCUCAUGUAAAGGCAAUAGCUGAGAAACAGCACAUCGACUACCAGUUCAGUGGUCUUGAGGAUGAUGCAUCUGACAACGAUGAUUACAGCUCCUACCAGGAUGAUUGCAGUGACGAUGGAGAGCUCAGUUUCGACUAUGAAAUAAACGACAAGGAUCAAUAUUUUGUUGCUUCAAGUGGUUCAAUGGAUUUAGACAAAAGAGAUGUGACGAAUUCCCCGCAGCCAGUAAAAGAAAGCAUGCAGGAAGGGGUCAAACAAACCAAGGGAAAUGUUAUAACUCCGCGAGUGAAGCCAGAGAUCAACACACACUCAGCACCCAUUCUGGCAGGCAACUUACCGGAUCCGUCCGAGAGAUCUUGGCAAACGAAGCCAUCUUCAGCCAAACUUUCGUACAAGCUUCCAAUGCCAGUUGAUGACAAGGAUCCCAGAUCUGCAGGUGCUCAGAGACCACAUCAUUCACAGCAGCUGGAGAGUAAGCCUCGUGUCUCAGCGAAUCCGUGGCAUUCGUCUCCACUGACGAAAGACUUCAGGCCGGGUGGCCACGUGAAAACGCCACCAAGUGCGGAGGGGGCCUCGGCGUUCUCCCAGCCGGUCUCUGAUUUCAAGAAGAUGAAGAGGCAGUUCUAUUCUGGUCCAAUGGCAAGCGGACCAGGGUUAAGCAUGCCAUCUUCGCUGAACGAUCGCAGAUCAUCCGCGGCACAAGCACAGCAUCUUGUGAUGCCAGGAAAUUUGCAAGGCCUCUUCUGGCAGCCGUCAUCUGCGUCCCCAAAAGUUCCCCCCAAGAUGUUGGGGCGGCAUCCAACGAAAUCACCAAGGAUCAGCGAGCUGCACGAGCUGCCUAGGCCUCCUCCAGCCAGCGUGGAGUCCCUCAGGCCUUCUGGUUUGGUCGGCUACUCUGGUCCUCUGGUAUCCAAGCGUCAGACUCAGAUCCCUGCAGCCACAGCCCGUGUGUCGCCGACAGCGUCACGAACCCCCUCGCCGCUUCCACCGCCGCCUGCUACCCUGACUCGCAGCUACUCCAUACCAUCAAAUAGCCAGAGGAUACCGAUCGUCACCGCGGACAGAUUGUUGGAGGCUAGAAAUAGCAGGGACGGCAGCGAUAUUUAUUCGCCGCCACUUACCCCUUUGUCACUGACUGAUUUGUCCCAGCAGCAAGGAACGAAAACUACUGCAGGUGGCACAAGGAUGAAGGGGGCCUUAUGACAUAAAUCAACCAAAUGCAGACUGAUCUUAGUUGAUUUUGUAAGUAGUGAUGUAUUUUAGGUUCAUAUUCAUGAUAUUCUUUUAUUCAUCGUCUGUAUUACAAAUGAAAAGGACGGAAAAGUAAUAUAUACUUUUCUUACACAGUAGUGAUGUAUUGUAGGUUCAUAUUCAUUAUAUAUUGUUUCAUUCACCGUAUGUAUUACAAAUGAAAAGGGCGGAAAAGUGCAAGAACAUUGAACCUCUGGUUCAGAUCUCUGAUAGCGUCAAGAUGAAAGGGCUGUUUCCUCAGUUCCGUUUUGUUUCGUUUUUGGAUGAAUUUUCCAUUUCUUGACACUACAUGAUUUCGUUCCAGAUUGUAUGGGUGGAGAGAAAUGAAACCCUGUACAAAAUUAA